GGCGCCCGCACCUCGGCCGCCGCCUGACGUGACCGACCGGACCGGAAGGAGCUCUGCGCUGCAGCUCCCCGAGAGGCGCGUUUCCGCUUCCGGGAGCAAUGGCGGCCUGGGCGCUGCUGCUGGCGCUGCUGAACGCGGGGUUCGGUCUCUUUACGUCAGCUGGUAAGAUGAAAAUCGUGGAGGAGCCGAACACCUUUGGAUUGAACAAUCCAUUCCUACCUCAGACAAACAGGCUCCUUCCAAAGAUGGCACCUUCCCCAACCUCAGGUCCUGCACAUCUCUUCAGGCUUGCUGGAAAAUGUUUCAGUUUUGUGGAAUCUACGUAUAAAUAUGAGUUCUGUCCUUUCCAUAAUGUCACUCAGCAUGAGCAGACCUUUCGGUGGAAUGCCUACAGUGGGAUUUUAGGUAUUUGGCAUGAAUGGGAAAUUUACAACAACACAUUUGUUGGCAUGUGGAUGAGAGAAGGGGAUUCAUGUGAAACCAAAAACAGAGAGACAAAGGUUCUUCUUAUUUGUGGAAAAAACAAUAAGUUGGCUCAUGUGUCUGAGCCGAGUACUUGUGUUUACUCUCUAACAUUUGAGACUCCUCUUGCUUGCCAUCCUCAUUCUCUUUUAGUUUAUCCAACACUGACUGAAGUCCUACGAAGGAAGUGGGAUGAAGCAGAGCAGUCUCUUUAUGAUGAGCUAAUAACUGAACAGGGAUACAAAAAAUUGUUGAAGGAGAUUUUUGAGGAAGCAGGACUCUUAAGAGCAACAGAAGAAAAGGAGAUUGAGAAAAAAAAUAAAAAGUUAAAAAGUCUGGAAUUUGAAACAGUGGAGAAAUGCAAUAAGGAGUACAAGAAACUUUCUAAAGAAAUAAAAAGGCUUAAAGAUUUAUUAACUCAACAUGGUAUUGUGUAUGAAAGAAACUCAGUUUCUCCCCUUCACUGGCCUCCAUUGCAGAUAUGCACCACUUGUCCCAUGCUACUUCCUGGUGUGAAGAAGAGAGCAACAGCAGGAGGGUGGGUCCUGGCUGUGAAGAAGCAGUCUGGAUUUAUUCCAGCUGAAAAUACAAGUGCUGAACACAUCAUUCAUAACGUGGUGACUGCAAAGCCAAGUGUUCUGAAUGGCUCAAAGGCUCAUGAACACCUACGGGGAGACACAGGCAUUUGGAAUGACACCUUUUAAAGACAUUUGUCUAUAUGAACUGGAUAUUUAUCAUCCAGACUAAAAUAUUGAGCAAAUUGGAUGUAUAUCGUAGUACUAAGAUAAUUUAACAACCCUUUGUGAAUAUUUUUAAUGCCCUAUAUUCUUGCCCUAGGGCAAUGAGAAGAGAAUGUUUGAGUUAAAUUCUGGUGCUGCCAUUGCAGAUAGUUGUUGAAGUUCAGUUUAGAAGGUUUUUUAAGUUGUAAAAAUUCUCUUUGUUGAAACUGUUACCAACCAUUGGUCUGCAGACCCUACUUCUCCAAUCUCAGUUCUGUGCUGUUUGCUUUGAUCAACUAUUGCACUAAUUAGAGUGAAAGGUUGUAUACCCAGCAUCUGUAUUUCUGCCUGAUGUGGGGGGGAAUAGUUCCGUCCUCAAGUUUGGACGGAUUAGUAAACUUCUUAACCGCUGAUAGCAGGGGCAGCUUAUUUGCCUUUGUGGGAAGGAGUAGUUCACACUGUACUUCCUAAUCCUGUAGCAGCACUGAUGAGGCUAGAAGGAUGGAGUGAUGUGGAACCUUUUAGCCAGAGAUGAACAUGUGAGCAAAAAGCAAAAUCUACCUUCUAGUCUUUCAGGUAGAUUAUAUACAGUAUACUCCUAUUUAUCCAAAACUCGAUUAUCCAAACCUCUGCAUUAUCCAAAUCCCUUCCUUGUCCCCCAGCAUGAGAUAUAUGCCCUCUGCAGCAUGUAUUUUAUGCUGGAGGAUAAGGAAGGGAUUCAGAUAAUGUGGAGGUUUGGGUAAUAGAGCAGACACUACUAGCCAGGACUGCAAGAAGAAUGAGCCCCCGGCUGCAGAGAAGACCAUCCUGCUGCUGAAUGGACCCUCUGCAGCACCGCUGUCAUGGGAGUGAAUGGGGUUAAGACAGCAGAGAUGCAGAAGGUUCCCUGUGCUGCCGCAGUGCUGGUGACACCCCAUCCCUGCAGGCACAAGGUGCAGUGGGAAGGCUGUGGUCCUGGUAGGGCAGAGUAGAGAUCUCGGCAAGGACUCUGCUCUGCCCUGCUAGGACCACAGCCUUCCUUGCGCCUGCAGGGAAUUGGGUGUCACUUGUCCUGUGGCUGCACAGGGAGCCCUCUGCAACCUUGCUGUCCCAGCAGCGAGUGAGUGGGGCAGAGCAGAGACUUCUGGCCAGGACUGUGAAGAGGAUGACAAGCCCCUGGCUGUGGAGGAGGCCACCCUGCUGCUGAAUGGCCUCUUGAUUAUCUGAACCAAAUCUGUGUCCCUCAUGCUAUUCAGAUAAUUGGAAGUACACUGUAUUGAAAAAGAUAGAAGGAAAUGACUGCAUAAAGACUAGAGAAAUUACUCCACUUUAAAGCUGUAAGGUGUAAAUAGUUAUUCCUUUAACACCUAUUUCCACUCUAGCAGCUAAUAUUCACCUCUUACCCAUCUCUGCUAACAACAGAUUCUUGUCUAAGACAACCAUCACACGGUUUACUAAAAGUUGAGACUAACGGAACGACCAUGUGUAAGUAGGAUACUCUCCUCCUAACCUUCUGGUUUGUCUCAGGUGGCCAUGGUGCUCUCUCACAAGUUCUUUCCUACCUCAGCUUUGGUGUUGGCUCAGGACUUCUUUGGCCCUGAGUGCUGCCCCCCCUUCCCCUGACUUUUCUCUCCAACCAUCCACAGCUUGUUCCUGAUCCUUCUAGUCACAUAUUGAGGUACUGUCACAAACACUAUCAUUUUUGUGUGCAUUUUGCAUUUACUACUCCAAACUUAGAUUGUAAUAGAUUUCAAAUUAAGGAAAUCUUAGUGAUCCAGUCACCAUACCCUGUGCAUAAUGAUGUCAGAUGUGAAUGCAAAAUAAUUACACUACUUUGCAGACAAGAUCUUGCAAACUGAGGUAGAGUCUGCACUACAUGAACAUUAAAAUCCCCUUGCCAGUUUAAAGAGUAAGCCUUUUCUCUUUUGGCUUAGGCAAAAAUGUUCCUUCCCUCUUUGGUGUGUAUCAUCUGCAACUGCAGUUCUCCCGCACUAGGAUUGUUUGCAUUUGAGAGGUGCUUACACCUUGGGAUUGUUAUGGGUGAAAAUUGAUUUUUUUUUUUUUUUUUUUUUUAACAGAAGACCAAUAAUGUUUGAAUGUAGCUCUAUUCUGUAUAUUAUUAUAAAGAAUAAAUGUAUGGACUCUUCUAACAAA